AUGCUAACACAUAUCACAACAGACUCGACUCAAUUCGGCAUCUCGAACGACAACUACAAGGCAGACAGCUCUAGUGCUGGCACAGUGUCUACUGCCUCUGCCACCACCACCCCCAUCGUAAACAUCAAGACUCCCAUCUCCGCACAAGCAGUCAGCGCAUCCGACGCCGUCUCCUCUGCCGCACCCUCCUUCUCUUCCGCCGCUGCCAGCGCUUCCAGCUCCGUCGUCUCGCAGAUCUCGUCUGCCUCUUCUGCUCUCGCCUCCAGUGCUUCUGGCUCCAUGAGCUCUGCUUCCGUAAGCUGA